UCCUGCUGUAUUUUUCCAUAGACGUGACGAUUUCCUUCUAAGAACGUAUGUAUUACCAUAGGAUAAAGUAGAGUAGCCUACUGCUUUUCUAUCAUAAUAACCUUGUCCAUAGUUGCAAGUUUUGAGCUAUAGUUCAAGUUUUAAACAUAGUUCCAUAGUUUCCUAGCUUUUAGUUUCCCAUUAGGCGUGGUGAUUUCCAAUUGAUAAGAUGGAAAACCAAACGAGCGCUGAGAACCCUUCCAUUUCAUCCAUGCUGAUGAUGUUCAACUGGAUAGAGUACCUCGUGUUUAGUCUAAUGCUGGGCUUAUCUGCCCUCAUUGGUGUCUACUAUGGUUGCUACAAGGGAAAUCAGAAUACGGUUUCGGAAUACAUGCAGGGUGGCAAGAAAAUGGGCAUAUUUCCUAUUACCAUGUCGCUAAUUGCCAGUCAUGUCUCAGGAAUUACACUGCUGGGCGUACCGGCCGAAAUCUACCGAUAUGGUACUCAGUACUAUGCCAUUGUAUUCUGCAUCAUAUCAGUGACUGCAUUUAUUCUACUUUUCUAUCUUCCGGUAUUCUUCAAGCUGCAACUAAACUCACCUUAUGAGUAUCUUGAAAGGAGAUUCAGUUACAAUGUGAGAGUCCUAGCAUCGUUUGCAUUCUCCAUCUCUCUCAUCCUAUAUAUACCGGUAGUCAUCUAUGUUCCAGCACUAGCAUUCAAUCAAGUGACUGGUAUGUCUGUGCACACUAUAACACCAAUCGUCUGUCUGGUUUGCAUUUUCUACACUACUCUGGGAGGUUUGAAAGCAGUGGUAUGGUCAGAUGCUCUCCAGAGUGUGUUCACUUUCGGCUCAGUUCUGAUAAUAAUAGCGAUCGGCUGCAGUGUAGUCGGAGGACCUUCGGAGGUAUUCAGAAUCAACAACGAGGGUCAUAGGCUCGAAGUUUUCAACAUGGACACGAAUCCUUUUGCACGCAACACGUUUUGGACGAUCACAAUCGGCAUGAGUUUGCAAUGGAUCGCUCACCUGGCCAUUCAUCCAGGAGCCAUACAGAGGUUCAUUGCCGUUCCCACCUACAGAGAUGCACAAAAAGUAACUCUGUGGGUUGCAGUAGGUCUAGCUCUAGUGAAAUCAGCCAGCGUCUUCACAGGUCUGCUUGUCUACUCGAAAUACCACGACUGUGACCCGAUUGCUAUACAGGUAGUAAACAAACCGGGCCAAAUCCUGCCUUAUUAUGUGAUGGACAUUGCCGGAAGAUACCCGGGCAUUACUGGCGUUUUCAUAUCUGGAGUUGUCAGUGCCGCUCUAAGCACAAUGUCAGCCAGUCUGAACACAGUGGCGGGAACAAUCUACGAGGACUUUGUGUUGUUGUGCUUCAAGAAUCGACACUCGGAUGCAGUGGCCAGUUUCAUCAUGAAGUGCAUUGUGCUAAUCCUCGGCGCCAUUUGUGUGGCCCUGGUGCUAGUUGUCGAGAAGCUCGGUGGUAUACUACAGAUGGCCAUCAGUCUAUCAGGUGUCACAAAUGGAGCCUUGGCAUUCGUAUUCUCUUUUGGCAUGUUUUAUCCAUGGGCAAACGCCAAGGGUGCAAUGGCAGGUCUAGUGGCCAGCCUGUUAGGAACGGCUUGGAUAGUGAGUGGAGCACAGGCAGUCAUAGCAGACGGACGUAUGAAGUUUCCCGGCAAAAUAAACAUCCGUUGACGGGUGUCCUGCCAACGUUUCUAUCAACCACGACCUAGUGGAGACAUACACAGGAGUGGGCACACCUGUAUGGACAGAUGGAACAGUCAGCAUGUUGUACCAGGUGAGCUACAUCUACUAUGCGUGUGUGGGUAUGCUGCUAGGUCUGGCAGUUGGCAUUCCCACGUCGCACCUGACCGGCGGUCAAAACCUGGCCACGCUGGACUGCGACCUGCUGGUGCCGCAACUAAGGGGGUGGAUCCGACCACAGGGGGCAGGGGCGCCCGAAAAACGCGCCCCUCCUGGCGACUAUGUGCUAGUGCCUGUUAACGGGGCAAGUGCAGACAAUAAAGAGCUAACCAAAGAAUUAUAAU